UGCUGCUCUGUUUAAGAUCUGGUUAUGAUUGUGGGAUUUUUUUUUUUGUCAGCUGCCUGUUAUAUCAAUCACGGAGUCGGGAUCUAUUUAUAGGUUGGGAGUACUGUGUCCUUAGUCACAAAGAGACACAGACAGGGGACUGUCAGCUGGUGCUGGAGGAGCCGAACCACUAGUCAUCGGCCACUGGGACACCUGAGGGUGACUUCCGCAGCGCCCCGUCCUCCAGCCAGCCUAAGCAUGACAGCCCUAGGAAGCAGGUGCUGUGAUUGGAGAACCGGGAGGUGCAGAGAGGGUGACCUGGCCAAUCAGAGUCAACAGUAACAUGGAGACUAAGUGGCUGCUCAACCGGAUGUCCGCAGACGACCGGCUCCUGGGCUCCAGUUGCAGCUCUUUCAUCAAGACGGAGCCGUCCAGUCCGUCCUCGGGCAUUGAUGCCCUCAGCCACCACAGCCCCAGCGGCUCGUCAGACGCCAGCGGUGGUUUUGGCAUGGCCCUAGGCACUCACGCCAAUGGUCUGGACUCGCCACCCAUGUUCGCAGGUGCAGGGCUGGGAGGCCCUGCCUGCCGCAAGGGCUACGAGGACUGUGCCAGCGGCAUCAUGGAGGACUCGGCCAUCAAGUGCGAGUACAUGCUCAACGCCAUCCCCAAGCGCCUGUGUCUCGUGUGCGGGGACAUUGCCUCCGGCUACCACUACGGCGUGGCCUCCUGCGAGGCUUGCAAGGCCUUCUUCAAGAGAACCAUCCAAGGAAACAUCGAGUACAGCUGCCCGGCCACCAACGAGUGCGAGAUCACCAAACGGAGGCGCAAGUCCUGCCAGGCCUGCCGCUUCAUGAAGUGUCUGAAAGUGGGGAUGCUGAAGGAGGGUGUGCGUCUUGACCGUGUGCGUGGAGGCCGUCAGAAAUACAAGCGGCGACUGGACUCGGAGAGCAGCUCAUAUCUGAACUUACAAAUUUCUCCACCUGCUAAAAAGCCAUUGACCAAGAUUGUCUCGUACCUACUGGUGGCUGAGCCAGACAAACUGUAUGCCAUGCCUCCCCCCGAAAUGCCUGAGGGGGACAUCAAGUCCCUGACGACUCUCUGCGACCUGGCAGAUCGGGAGCUUGUGGUCAUCAUUGGCUGGGCCAAGAACAUCCCAGGCUUCUCAAGUCUCUCACUUGGGGACCAGAUGAGCCUGCUUCAGAGCGCCUGGAUGGAGAUCCUCAUCCUGGGCAUCGUGUACCGCUCGCUGCCCUAUGACGACAAACUAGUGUAUGCGGAGGACUACAUCAUGGAUGAGGAGCACUCCCGCCUGGUGGGGCUGCUGGAGCUCUACCAGGCCAUCCUGCAGCUGGUGCGCAGAUACAAGAAGCUGAAGGUGGAGAAGGAGGAGUUUGUGACCCUCAAGGCCCUGGCCCUGGCAAACUCAGAUUCCAUGUACAUCGAGGACCUGGAGGCAGUGCAGAAGCUGCAGGACCUGCUGCAUGAGGCGCUGCAGGACUAUGAGCUGAGCCAGCGCCACGAGGAGCCACGGAGGACGGGCAAGCUGCUGCUGACGCUGCCCCUGCUGCGGCAGACGGCCGCCAAGGCCGUGCAGCACUUCUACAGCAUCAAGCUGCAGGGCAAGGUGCCCAUGCACAAACUCUUCUUGGAGAUGCUGGAGGCCAAGGUCUGAUGGCCCCGCAUAUGGACCGAGAGACGGAUGGACCUACUCAGAGACCUCCACAGCACCAGCCUCGUCCUCUGACCCCUACAUCAUGACUCUGUGCUGUCCCAGAGAAAGGGGUUUCCUGCUUCCGGCCAUGUGUGAAGACUCCCUAUGGGCAAUGGGGACAGGGGACAGGGAUAGGAGGGCAGGGGCCCAGGCUCACCUGCAAUCUGUCAUGGGCUAUUUCUUUGGUAUGUAUUUCCUUCUCUGUGGGUAGCACUGAAGCCUAGGUCAGGGCUGACUCCCCUUGGGACUGGAGUCCACUGAAGGAAGCACCCCUACCCCGCCAAGCCACUAAGAGGCAGCA